CUUCUUCAAAUCCUCGUAGAGCCGCUUGUUAUCUCUCUCUCCCCUCCUACCAAACCCUUUCCUUUCUGCGCCUCUCUUUUUUCGCGUCCGAUUGUUGUUGUUUUCCUCCCAUUUCCUCCGGCCACCGUCUCUCCGUCGUCACCGAUAUGGCUGUGCCUAGCACCCUCUGCUCUAAGAUUUCCGCAUCCGCCGCAGGCGGCUUUGCGUCUUCCUUCGACUGCCGCUCUGAUCCUUCAGGAAACCACCACCAGGCGAGACCUGGCCGAUUCUCCUCCUCCUCACGAGUCAACUCCGUCGGUGUUCAUGGAUCUUUCCUCACGGGCGGUGGCGGCGGCGGAUACGGGAUGUCGUCCUCGCUCAUCCUUAAGUUCCCUCCCAAUUUCGUCCGACAACUUAGCAACAAGGCUCGCCGGAACUGCAGCAAUAUCGGCGUCGCGCAAAUUGUCGCGGCAAAGUGGUCUGACAACUCAGCCACCGGUUCCGCGGCUGCGGCUGCCAACGCAGCCGCCGCCGCCUCUCCCGCAGUCCCCGCUGUCGAGGAGUCGGUCGAGCUGAUCGCCGGUGCCAAUGGACCGGUGGUUGAUGGGCUUGAUCGGAAAGGAGAUGUACAGGAUUUGACUAACAAGUUAACGUAUGGUUCGUUUUUGAGCUCCGAUGGAAGCAUCGCAGUUCAUGCUGGUGAAAGAUUGGGUCGCGGCAUUGUUACUGAUGCAAUUACAACUCCAGUGGUUAAUACUUCAGCCUACUUCUUCAAGAAAACUGCAGAGCUUAUUGAUUUCAAGGAGAAGCGCCAUGUGAGCUUUGAGUAUGGUCGUUAUGGAAAUCCAACCACAGCAGUUGUGGAGGAGAAGAUAAGUGCUCUUGAAGGAGCUGAGUCAACUUUGAUCAUGGCAUCCGGGAUGUGUGCUAGUACUGUCCUGUUAAUGGCCCUGGUUCCAGCUGGUGGACAUCUCGUGACUACCACUGAUUGUUAUAGGAAGACCAGGAUCUUCAUCGAGACUAUGCUGCCUAAGAUGGGAAUCACGGCUACAGUGAUCGAUCCUGCAGAUAUAGAAUCCUUGAAGAAUGCUCUUAAUGAGAAAAAUGUUUCACUUUUCUUCACGGAGUCUCCCACCAACCCUUUCUUGCGGUGUGUUGACAUUGAGCUCGUUUCAAAGCUUUGUCAUGACAAAGGGGCAUUGGUCUGCAUAGAUGGUACCUUUGCAACACCUCUCAAUCAAAAGGCCCUUGCCCUUGGUGCUGAUCUAAUUUUGCAUUCUGCAACAAAGUUCAUUGGGGGCCAUAACGAUGUGCUUGCUGGUUGCAUCAGUGGUUCGCUGAAAUUAGUUUCAGAAAUUCGCAACUUGCACCAUGUUCUUGGCGGAGCUCUUAACCCUAAUGCUGCUUACUUGAUCAUUCGAGGUAUGAAGACACUGCAUCUUCGUGUACAGCAACAGAAUUCUACUGGACUGAGGAUGGCCGAACUUUUAGAGGCACAUCCCAAGAUAAGUCGUGUUUAUUAUCCUGGUUUGAAGAGUCAUCCUGAGCAUGACAUUGCAAAGAAGCAAAUGUCUGGCUUUGGUGGCGUUGUCAGUUUUGAGGUUGAUGGAGACUUGGAAACUACCAUAAAGUUUGUGGACGCAUUGAGAAUUCCGUACAUUGCCCCAUCUUUUGGAGGAUGUGAGAGCAUUGUUGAUCAGCCUGCUAUAAUGUCUUACUGGGAUCUUCCUCGGGCGGAGAGGGAGAAGUAUGGGAUUAGAGACAACUUGGUGAGGUUCAGCUUUGGAGUCGAGGACUUCGACGAUCUUAAGGACGACGUACUUCAAGCCCUGGCAGCCAUAUGAUCGCGAUGACAUGGUUGUUCAUCCAGAACGACUUCAACUGUGUUGGUGUUGAAGCUUUUAGGAAUAUCUGAAAGGGCCUCACAGUACUUUCCUAUUCCUGUUCUUCUGCUGUAUUCAUUUCCGGCGCCCUUGUUGCCAUGUGUGGAUCCAUGUUUCAUUAUCCUCUAAUUGUCGCACUUUGUUUCUUCUGCCGUUGGUAGUUGCUUGAUGGAAACAAACUGUCAUUUCCGUGAAACCUGUGAACACUUUCAACAUCUUGGAAUUUGGCGUUUUCCUGCAUCUAUUCUCUGUUUCCUUCCAACUGAUUUUUGAUGGGUAAUUAGGGUGGAUAUUUGAUGGCGUGUAGGUCACGAAAUCAUCAAGUCCCCUUAUUCAUUGCUGUGACUCAUUUCUCUUGUGGAUGUGUGAUAGGUGCAUUGCUCCACGUUUUAAGUACUAAUGUAGUAGACAAACUUGUUACAGAAGAUUGCAUGGACAAUCAAAACAAACAUUAUUCAUUUAACUUUGGUGGAGCUCGCUCUACCAAGGAUCGUAUGUCGAGUUGAAUGAGAAAGCGCAGGCCACAAACUGGAGUUAUGUGUAGUUCGAGAAGCCAGCCUGGGUGAAGAGUUCGGACUUCGGACCAUUGUGGUUCAGUUCUUAUGCUACCAUCCAAACAAGCCAUCAUAACCAGCAUCACUGUUGUUGCUUAGUUGAUGUGUGAGUGUGGUAGGUGGUUUUUGUAGUCACUCACAAUUCACAAACUCAGUAUGAGAGGAUCUUGUGGUGAAUUUCAGUUUAAAUCAUGUAUGACCCACUAUUAAAACUUGUUUAUGUUCAUACUGAAUUUUAGUACGGGAACCAAUUAGAACGUCAAUUGUGGCGGCGGCGGCGGCAACUGGUGGAGGAGAGAUGAGGAAGAGGGAUUAAGAUAGAAAAUAAAUAACAAAUACAUUUUUUUUUAAUGAUACAACAGUUAUUUAACAAGUAAAGAUUGUUGUUGACUGCGAGGUUAGAUGAAAUUAACAGAAUCGGUUGGUGAGUGAUCAAGGGAAAUUUUUUUAAAAUUAAUGACUAGUAAGAAAGAAAUAUUUUUUGAAUGAUAAACAAAAACUUAGUUAAACGAGUGAGCAAAUAUGUAAUUUAGCCGAAACAAACUAAAAAAGAUUGUACGCAUCAAAGGGUAAGAAACUAAAAAAAAUAGGAGGAUGGGGGAAUGUGAGAUGCUGCUGUCUGCAGCUCCCAGGUUAGGAAAACCGCAAUCCUGUGGGUUUGUGGGCUUCCAGGUCAAGUUUGGGCGAAGCCCCAAAAGCCCAAUACAACGAAUCUCAACGA